GUCGGGUCGAGCGCGCGGCCUGCGCCAUUGGGGAGCGGCGAGAGGAAGCGCGCAGUGCCGGGCUGGGGCUGGCUGCUGGGGACGCCGACAGAUUCUGUGAUCAUGAGAGAGGGGAAACAAAGAGUGAUCCAUGAUUUCUAGCACCUUUUCCUGAGGAAAUAGUCAUGUUGGAAGGUCUUGUAGCCUGGGUUCUCAAUACCUAUCUGGGGAAAUACGUCAAUAACCUGAACACCGACCAGCUUUCGGUUGCACUUCUCAAAGGUGCUGUUGAACUAGAAAACCUCCCCUUAAAGAAAGGUGCCCUAAAAGAACUGGAAUUACCAUUUGAAGUCAAAGCCGGUGUAAUUGGGAAAGUGACCCUUCAGAUCCCCUUUUACCGCCCACAUGUGGACCCUUGGGUGAUCUCCAUCUCUAGCCUCCACUUAAUUGGUGCUCCGGAGAAAAUCCAGGACUUUAACGAUGAAAAGGAGAAGCUGUUGGAAAGUGAGCGCAAGAAAGCGCUGCUUCAGGCCCUGGAGGAGAAGUGGAAGAAUGAACGCCAGCAAAAGGGGGAAUCCUACUGGUAUUCAGUCACUGCUUCCGUCGUCACAAGAAUUGUGGAGAACAUCGAGUUAAAAAUUCAAGAUGUCCAUUUGCGCUUCGAAGAUGGUCUUACCAAUCCCUCCCAUCCUUUUGCGUUUGGCGUCUGUAUUAAGAAUGUGUCCAUGCAGAAUGCUGCAAAUGAGCCUGUUCAGAAACUAAUGCGUAAGAAACGAUUAGAUGUGGCUGAGUUUAGCAUCUACUGGGAUGUCGAUUGCACUUUAUUGGGGGAUUUGCCUCAGGCAGAGUUACAGGAGGCCAUGGCCAGAAGCAUGGAGAGUCGCAGUCACCACUACGUCCUAGAGCCCGUGUGUGCCUCUGCUCUCUUGAAGAGAAACUGCUCCAAAGAGCCUCUGAGGUCCCGGCACAGCCCGCGGAUUGAAUGUGAUAUUCAUCUGGAGACCAUUCCCUUGAGGCUGUCUCAGCUGCAGCACCGGCAGAUCAUGGAGUUCCUCAAGGAACUGGAACGGAAGGAGCGGCAGCUAAAGUUCCGGAAGUGGAGACCCAAAGUGUCCGUGUCCAAGAACUGUCGAGAAUGGUGGAGUUUUGCCUUGAAUGCUAACUUGUAUGAGAUCAGAGAGCAGAGGAAGUGCUGUACCUGGGAUUUCUUGUUGCACCGUGCCCGGGAUGCUGUAUUUUACACUGACAGAUACUUCAGCAAGUUAAAAGGAGGCAUACUGUCUGCAGUCGACAGGGAGGAGAUGUGUCGGAUUGAGGAGGAGCAGAGCUUUGAGGAAUUGAAGAUUCUGCGUGAACUGGUUCAUGAUCGAUUUUAUAAGCAAGAAGAGCUGGCAGAGAGUCUGCGAGAACCUCAGUUUGAUUCUCCAGGAGCCUCACCUGCAGACCCAGACGGCCGAGGCGGCAGCGGGAUGCUGCAGUACCUGCAAUCCUGGUUUCCAGGGUGGGGAGGCUGGUAUGGACAGCAGAGCCCUGAGGGGAAAGCAGUGGAAGGACUGUUAGCUGAGCCGCCUGAGCACUGGAGCCCUGAAGAGAUCCUGGGUACCGAGGAGUUUUUUGACCCCACUGCUGACGCCUCGUGUAUGAAUACCUACACAAAGCGAGAUCAUGUCUUUGCCAAACUGAACAUGCAGCUGCAGCGGGGCACGGUGACGCUGCUACACAAGGAGCAAGGCAUUGCUCAACUGGACGAGAGUGCCUUCAUGCAGCUCGAGCUCUCAGAUGUAAAACUUGUAGCAGAGUCUCUUCCUAGAAGAAAUUCCUCCUUGCUGUUAGUCCGAUUGGGUGGACUGUUCCUCCGAGAUCUGGCUACGGAAGGGACCAUGUUUCCGCUCCUGGUCUUCCCUAACCCCCAGAAAGAAGUUGGCAGAGUCUCACAGUCCUUUGGUCUCCAGACAUCUGCAGAUAGAAGUGGUCAAUACCCUGCUACGGACCCAGAUAACCCUGUCUUUGAGAUGCUAUAUGAGAGAAAUCCAGUACAUAGUCAUUUUGAGAGGCGGCUACAUGUCAGCACAAGACCUUUGAACAUCAUAUAUAAUCCUCAGGCUAUUAAAAAAGUGGCAGACUUUUUCUACAAGGGAAAGGUUCAUACCUCAGGCUUUGGUUAUCAGUCUGAGCUCGAGUUGAGAGUAGCUGAAGCAGCUCGCAGACAGUAUAACAAGCUGAAGAUGCAGACCAAGGCGGAGAUCCGACAGACGCUUGACCGUUUGCUCGUGGGAGAUUUCAUCGAGGAAAGUAAGCGGUGGACUGUGCGACUAGACAUUUCUGCUCCUCAGGUGAUAUUUCCUGAUGACUUCAAGUUCAAGAAUCCUGUUCUGGUGGUUGUGGAUCUUGGAAGAAUGCUUUUGACGAACACCCAAGACUCAAGGAGGAAAAGCGGGGACGGGUCAGCCUCUGAGGAGAAUCAGUUCAGUGAUGAUGAGUAUAAGACCCCUCUUGCCACACCUCCCAACACCCCGCCUCCAGAGACCAGCAGCAGCAAUGGGGAGAAAACACCGUCCUUCUCUGGAGUGGAAUUCAGCCAAGAACAGCUUCAGGCGCAUCUGAUGAGCACAAAGAUGUAUGAGAGGUACUCCCUGUCUUUCAUGGACCUCCAGAUUAUGGUAGGGCGAGUGAAGGACAACUGGAAGCACGUGCAGGACAUUGAUGUGGGGCCGACCCACGUAGUAGAGAAGUUCAAUGUUCACUUGCAGUUGGAACGGAGGCUGAUUUACACAUCAGACCCCAAAUACCCUGGGGCCGUGCUCUCAGGCAAUUUGCCAGAUUUAAAAAUUCACAUCAAUGAAGACAAAAUAUCUGCUCUGAAGAACUGCUUCGCUUGCCUCACCCCAUCUGAAAUGAAGACCCCUGACUCCCAGAUUAGAGAGAAGAUUUUUCCCCAAGAAGGACCGCGGGGAAGCUUGCAGGACUCAGUGAUGAACUUGACCCAGAGCAUCGUGAUGCUGGAGCAGCACACCCGUGAGGUGCUGGUGGAGUCACAGCUCCUCCUGGCAGAAUUCAAGGUGAACUGCAUGCAGCUUGGUGUUGAGAGCAACGGCCGCUACAUCUCAGUGCUCAAGGUGUUUGGUACCAAUGCUCACUUUGUGAAGAGGCCUUAUGAUGCUGAAGUCUCCCUAACCGUUCAUGGGUUGCUUCUGGUGGACACCAUGCAGACCUACGGUGCUGAUUUUGACCUUUUGAUGGCUUCCCAUAAGAACUUGAGUUUUGAUAUUCCCACAGGGAGCCUCCGGGAUAGCAGGGCGCAGUCUCCCGUCUCUGGAUCUAACGUGGCCUUCCUAACCAACGUAGCCACCUUCAGUGACCAAUCAGCCACUAGUGUUUCACUGGAGAAAAUUCUCACUAAAGAACAGGAAUCUCUUAUCAAACUGGAAUAUCAGUUUGUGAGUUCAGAGUGCCCGUCCAUGAACUUGGACAGCACUCUUCAGGUGAUCUCACUACAGGUGAAUAACUUGGAUAUCAUCCUAAAUCCAGAGACAAUUGUGGAGCUGAUUGGUUUUCUUCAAAAGUCCUUCCCUAAGGAAAAAGAUGAUUUGAGCCCCCAGCCUUUGACGACUGACUUUGAAAGAAGCUUUAGAGAACGAGGCAUGUAUCAGUUGACAUAUGAACAAAACAUCGAGGUUGCAGUGGAAAUCCACAGGCUCAACUUGCUGCUGCUUCGGACAGUGGGAAUGGCCAACGGGGAGAAAUAUGGCAGGAAAAUUGCAACUGCAAGUGUGGGUGGCACCAAAGUCAACAUGUCAAUGGGCAGCACGUUUGACAUGAAUGGUUCUCUGGGCUGUUUGCAGCUUAUGGAUCUGACACAGGAGAAUGUGAAGAACCAGUAUGUUGUGAGCAUCGGGAACUCCAUAGGCUACGAGAACAUCGUCAGUGACAUUGGCUGCUUUGAAUCUGUGUUUGUCAGAAUGGAAGAUGCAGCCCUGACUGAAGCCCUGAGCUUCACGUUUGUUGAGAAAUCGAAACAGGAGUGUUUCCUCAACCUGAAGAUGGCGUCCUUACAUUACAACCACUCUGCUAAAUUCUUGAAGGAGCUGACAUUAUCCAUGGAUGAACUGGAAGAAAAUUUUCGCAGCAUGCUGAAAAGUGCAGCCACCAAAGUCACCACAGUGUUGGCCACCAAGACGGCUGAGUACAGUGAGAUGGUGUCACUGUUUGAAACCCCCAAGAAGACCCGGGAGCCCUUUGUCUUAGAGGAAGAUGACAUCUAUGGGUUUGGCCUGCCGUCACCUCGUUACGACACUGUGAAGCUCAUCUUGAACGUCAACAUCGAGUCGCCAGUUGUUUCUAUCCCUAGGAAACCUGGGAGUCCUGAGCUGCUGGUGGGACACUUGGGACAGAUUUUCAUCCAGAACUUUGUGGCAGGAGAUGAUGAAUCCAGAAGUGACCGCCUGCAGGUGGAAAUCAAAGACAUUAAACUGUAUUCUCUUAAUUGCGCUCAGCUGGCAGGCAGAGAAGGUGCUGGAUCUGAAGCCAGUCGGACAUUUUGCCCACCCUCUGGAUCUGCCAGUGCCAACAGUCAGGAGGAGGCUCACUUCACACGACACGAUUUCUUUGAAUCUUUGCACAGAGGUCAAGCCUUCCACAUCCUGAACAACACCACCAUCGAGUUUAAACUGGAGAAGAUCCCCAUAGAGAGAGAAUCUGAGCUGACUUUCUCCCUCAGUCCUGACGACCUGGGGACCUCCAGCAUCAUGAAGAUUGAAGGAAAAUUCGUCAAUCCUGUUCAGGUGGUGUUAGCCAAGCACGUGUAUGAGCAGGUUUUACAAACGCUGGACAACCUCGUGUACAGUGAAGAUCUGAAUAAGUUUGCAGCCAGUGCUCCGUCCUCCCCUUGCCCUAACUCCCCUGUGCCUGCCAUCAGUUCCUGUGGAGAACCUUCUGCGGAGAGGAAGGAGAACGGAUUGUUCAGCCACUCGAGCCUCUCGAGUGCCUCUCAGAAGUCCUUGUCUGUGAAGGAAGCUAAAGCCUUCACUCAGAUUCAAGCCAACUUCUGUAUCUCGGAGCUUCAGGUUCAGCUGAGUGGAGACCUGACUCUGGGGGCCCAAGGUCUUGUGAGCUUAAAGUUUCAGGAUUUUGAGGUGGAAUUCAGUAAAGAUCAUCCUCAGACCUUAUCCAUUCAGAUUGCUCUGCACUCUCUCCUGAUGGAAGACUUACUGGAGAAAAAUCCGGACUCCAAAUAUAAGAACCUGAUGGUAUCCCGAGGAGCCCCUAAGCCAUCUAGCUUAGCACAGAAAGAGUAUCUUUCCCAGUCCUGCCCUUUGGUAUCCAACGUGGACUAUCCUGACAUGCCUCGGUCUCUCCCUUCCCACAUGGAGGAAGCUCCUAAUGUCUUUCAGUUAUAUCAAAGACCCGUCUCCACAAGUCGGAAAAAGCAAAAAGAAGCCCACGAUAAGAACUACCCCCUGACCCCACCUCCUUCUCCCUCAGUAGAUGAGCCCAAGGUGCUUGUUGGAAAGAGUAAAUUCGAUGAUUCCUUAGUCCAUAUUAAUAUAUUCUUGGUGGAUAAGAAACAUCCAGAAUUCUCUUCCAGUUACAAGCGCAUUAACCGGAGCAUUGACGUUGACUUUAACUGCUUGGAUGUGCUGAUCACCCUGCAAACCUGGGUCGUGAUCCUGGACUUUUUUGGAAUUGGCUCCACUGCGGACAACCAUGCAAUGAAGGUGCUGCCUGAGGACCUUCUACAAAAUGUGAAGUCGGAAUCCAGCGUGUUCAUGGAGUCCGAGCUCCAGGACCCAGUGAACUCCAAGCUGGAUCUCAAGGUUCAUUCGCUCUCUCUUGUGCUGAAUAAGACCACCAGUGAGCUUGCUAAAGCAAACGUGUCCAAAUUAGUAGCACACAUGGAGAUGAUUGAAGGGGACCUGACCCUGCAGGGAAGCAUUGGGAGCCUGUCUUUGAGUGACCUCACAUCGCAUGGAGACUUCUACAGAGAGCGCUUCACCACAAGUGGAGAAGAGGCACUCAUCUUCCAGAUGUUCAAAUAUGGCCAGCCGGACCCUCUGCUCCGAAGGGAGCAUGAUGUUCGAGUGAGCCUGCAGAUGGCCUCUGUGCAGUAUGUGCACACACAGCGCUUUCAGGCAGAGGUGGUGGCCUUCAUCCAGCACUUCACUCAGCUACAAGAUGUCUUAGGGCGCCAGCGAGCUGCCAUAGAGGGCCAGACGGUGAGGGACCGGGCACAGCGUUGUUCCCGGGUCCUUCUGGACAUUGAGGCUGGCGCUCCUGUUCUGCUCAUCCCAGAAAGCUCCAGGUCAAGUAAUUUGAUAGUUGCAAAUCUGGGAAAGUUGAAAGUCAAGAACAAGUUUCUCUCUGCUGGUUUUCCUGGGACCUUUUCCUUACAAGAUAAGGAACCUGUGCCUUCAGCUUCUCCAACAGGUACUCCCAAACACAGUAUAAGGAAGAUGACAAGCACAGAGGACCCCAAGGAGCCCCCUGCACAGGGGCUGCUCAUGAUGCCUCCUUCUGGAAUGGGCCUCCGCAGCCUGAAGACUGAGUUUGUGCCCAGUGCCUCCAUCAAGCAGCAUGGGCAGCAGGCCACACCACCUGUCGGCCAUGGUUCCAACAGUCCAGAAGACCACAUCUGCUUGCUGGAUUGCAUUGUGGUGGAUCUGCAGGACAUGGACAUCUUUGCUGCAGAGAGACGCCCACAGGAGUUCUCUAAAGCCUCAGAGGACAGAAGUGGGGACCUGAUCUUCCCUUCCUACUUUGUGCGACAGACAGGAGGAAGUCUCUUAACUGAGCCUUGUAGGCUGAAAUUGCAGGUGGAAAGGAAUUUGGACAAAGAAAUAAGUCAUACUGUUCCAGACAUAUCUAUCCAUGGCAGCCUCUCCUCAGUCCACUGCUCCCUGGAUCUGUAUAAAUACAAGCUGAUCCGAGGCUUACUGGAGAACAACCUGGGAGAGCCCAUCGAGGAAUUUAUGCGGCCUUAUGAUUUGCAAGAUCCAAGAAUUCACACCGUUUUGAGUGGAGAAGUGUACACUUGCAUGUGCUUCCUCAUUGAUAUGGUGAAUGUGAGUCUGGAGCUCAAAGAUCCAAAAGGAAAAGAAGGCUCUGGCUCGCUAGCCAGAUUUGACCUCAAGAAAUGUAAACUGCAGUAUGAGAGUUUUUCCAACCAAACCAAGUCUGUUAACUUGGUUUCCCAUUCCAUGAUGGCAUUUGACACACGCUUUACCGGGCAGAAGACCAGCCCUGGCAUGACCAAUGUAUUUAGUUGCAUCUUUCAACCUUCCAAGAGCAGCAGUACCACCCAGGGUUCCAUUCAGAUUGAACUGCAUUUCAGAUCUACGAAAGAUUCUUCCUGUUUCACUGUGGUUCUCAACAAUCUCCGCGUGUUUCUCAUAUUUGACUGGCUGCUGUUGGUCCAUGACUUUCUGCACACGCCCAGUGAUCCUAAGAAACAAAAUGUCACUCCUCCUCGCCACCGCAACUCUAGCAGUGAAUCCAAUGUUGUUCCCAAAACGGUUAAGAGUGGAGUCGUUACCAAGCGGUCUUCGCUCCCUGUGUCCAAUGAAAGGCACUUGGAGGUAAAGGUCAAUGUAACAGGCACUGAGUUUGUGGUUGUUGAAGAUGUGUCCUGCUGUGAUACCAACGCCAUUAUUCUGAAAGGCACCACAGUACUCACCUAUAAGCCUCGCUUUGUCGAUCGCCCCUUUUCAGGAAGUUUGUUUGGCAUUGAGGUGUUUUCAUGCCGACUAGGGAAUGAGCAGGACACAGCUCUUUCAAUUAUCGAUCCAGUUCAAAUUCAAGUGGAGCUGGUGGGAAAUUCUUCUUACCAGAAUAGUUCUGGGUUGAUGGAUGCAUUCAACAGUGAAGACUUUCCUCCUAUCCUAGAGAUUCACCUACAAGCCCUGGAUAUCAGACUCUCCUACAAUGAUGUUCAGCUGUUCCUUGCCAUUGCAAAAUCCAUCCCAGAGCAAGCUAGUGCUGCAGCACCUGACUCAGUGGCCUUGGAGGCAGAACCGGUCAGCAUCUGCCUCCCAAGAACAUCUCGAGUUGGAGAGGAAGCUAGAGAAGGGACAAGACACACUUUAGAUCCUGUCUUAGAGCUACAGUUGGCUAGACUGCAGGAGCUGGGCUUCAGCGUGGAUGACUGCCGCAAGGCUCUUCUGGUGUGUCAAGGCCAAUUGAAAAAGGCAGCGAGCUGGCUGUUCAAGAAUGCAGAGCCUCUGAAGUCUCUCUCACUGGCUUCCAGCAGCCGAGACAGCCCAGGGGCCGUAGCAGCCUCACGCAUCUCUGGAGUGGAGGUCAAGGCUGAAACCAUUUGCAUAUGCUUCAUCGAUGACUGCAUGGACUGUGAUGUGCCCCUCGCUGAACUCACCUUCUCCCGAUUGAACUUUCUUCAGCACAUAAGAACUACCCCUGAGGGCUACGCCCACUUCACUCUUUCUGGAGAUUAUUAUAACCGUGCUCUGUCAGAUCAGUAUAUCAGUACCAAGGAAUCGUGGAUGGCAGAUUACUGCCAAGAAGACGAGAAAGCAGAGUCAGUCAAGUCAGAAGACUGGAUGGGCUCCUCUGUGGAUCCACCGUGCUUCGGACAAAGCCUCCCCCUUGUCUACCUUAGAACUAGGAGCACAGCCAGUCUGACUAACCUAGAGCACCAGAUCUAUGCUAGAGCAGAGGUGAAAACCCCCAAGCGCCGGCAGCCAUUUGUCCCCUUUGCUCUGCGGAACCACACAGGGUGCACAUUGUGGUUUGCCACACUGACCACCACACCCACUAGGGCUGCGCUGUCUCACAGUGGGAGUCCUGGGGUAGUUCCAGAGGGCAACAGAGCGUUUCUGGAUGACACCCACAAUGUUAGUGAGUGGCGAGAAGUGCUCACAGGUGAAGAGAUCCCCUUUGAAUUUGAAGCCAGAGGAAAAUUAAGACACAGACACACCCAUGACCUUCGGAUCCAUCAACUGCAAGUACGAGUGAAUGGUUGGGAGCAAGUGAGCCCUGUGUCUGUGGACAAGGUUGGGACCUUCUUCCGAUAUGCAGCACCAGACAAAAAUUCCUCUUCCUCUAUGAUUGGCAGCCCAGGCAGCAGAACAAAUAUCAUACAUCCCCAGGUUUAUUUCUCUUCACUCCCACCUGUGCGGGUAGUGUUUGCAGUGACAAUGGAAGGCAGUGCUCGGAAAGUCAUUACUGUCCGGUCAGCCCUCAUUGUGAGGAACAGACUUGAGACUCCAAUGGAACUACGGCUGGACAGCCCGUCGGCUCCCGACAAACCAGUGGUGCUUCCUGCGAUCAUGCCAGGGGACUCAUUUGCUGUGCCUUUACACCUCACUUCUUGGCGGCUGCAGGCCCGACCCAAAGGACUAGGUGUGUUUUUCUGUAAGGCUCCUAUUCAUUGGACCAACGUAGUGAAGACAGCAGAGGUCAGCAGCAGCAAACGGGAGUGCCAUUCUAUGGACACCGAGAAAAGCCGGUUCUUCAGGUUUUGUGUAGCCAUAAAGAAAGAGAAUUAUCCAGAUUACAUGCCCUCAAACAUAUUUUCCGACAGUGCAAAACAGAUUUUCCGACAGCCUGGACAUACCAUAUAUCUCCUGCCAACAGUGGUCAUCUGCAACUUGCUGCCUUGUGAACUUGACUUUUAUGUAAAAGGAAUGCCAAUUAACGGGACCCUGAAGCCUGGCAAAGAGGUAGCCCUCCACACAGCUGACACAUCCCAGAACAUCGAACUGGGGGUGUCACUGGAGAACUUUCCCCUCUGUAAAGAAUUGCUCAUUCCACCUGGGACCCAGAACUACAUGGUCAGAAUGCGACUCUAUGACGUUAACCGGCGGCAGCUCAACCUCACCAUCCGGAUUGUGUGUCGCGCAGCAGGAUCCUUAAAGAUCUUCAUUUCUGCACCAUAUUGGCUCAUCAAUAAAACAGGGUUACCACUGAUCUUCAGACAGGACAAUGCAAAGACAGAUGCUGCAGGCCAGUUUGAGGAGCAUGAGUUGGCCCGGAGCCUGAGCCCUCUCCUGUUCUGCUAUGCUGACAAGGAGCAGCCAAGCCUCUGCACAAUGAGAAUUGGAAAAGGGAUUCAUCCGGAAGGCAUGCCGGGCUGGUGUCAGGGCUUCUCCCUGGAUGGUGGCAGUGGCGUCCGAGCUUUGAAAGUCAUCCAGCAAGGGAACCGCCCAGGGCUGAUCUACAACAUUGGUAUCGAUGUCAAGAAAGGCCGAGGUCGCUAUAUUGACACGUGUAUGGUCAUCUUUGCCCCUCGUUACCUGUUAGAUAAUAAAUCAUCACACAAGCUUGCAUUUGCACAAAGGGAAUUUGCUCGGGGACAGGGAACAGCCAAUCCCGAAGGUUACAUUUCCACCCUUCCUGGUUCCAGUGUGGUGUUCCACUGGCCACGCAAUGACUAUGAUCAGCUGUUAUGUGUCAGGUUGAUGGAUGUUCCAAACUGCAUUUGGUCUGGAGGCUUUGAAGUCAACAAGAAUAAUUCCUUCCAUAUCAACAUGAGGGAUACCCUGGGAAAAUGCUUCUUCCUACGAGUGGAAAUUACCCUCCGAGGAGCCACAUACAGAAUCUCCUUUAGUGACACAGAACAGUUGCCUCCUCCUUUCCGAAUUGACAACUUUUCCAAGGUCCCCGUUGUCUUCAUUCAGCACGGUGUUGCAGAGCCCAGGCUGCGGACCGAAGUGAAGCCCAUGAUGUCAUUGGAUUACGCCUGGGAUGAGCCCACCUUGCCACCCUUCAUCACUCUGACUGUUAAGGGGGCAGGCUCCUCGGAGCUCAGCUGCAACAUGAACGACUUCCAGGAUCACCGACAGCUCUACUACGAGAACUUCAUUUACAUUGCCGCCACGUACACCUUCUCUGGAUUGCAGGAGGGAAAAGGAAGGCCUGUGGCUUCCCACAAAGCAGUUACUUGCGCAGAGCUCGUCCUGGAUGUGUCACCAAAGACACAAAGAGUCAUUCUAAAGAAGAAGGAACCAGGAAAGCGCUCUCAGCUCUGGAGGAUGACGGGAGCAGGAAUGCUGGCCCACGAGGGCUCUGCAGUUCCUCACAACCCCAACAAGCCCUCAGCAGCGCGCUCCAGCGAGGGGUCAGCCAUCCUAGACAUUGCUGGACUGGCUGCUGUGACAGACAACAGGUAUGAGCCGCUGAUGCUAAGGAAGCCAGACCGCAGGCGCAGCACAACACAGACGUGGAGUUUCCGAGAGGGCAAACUGACCUGUGGCUUGCAUGGGCUGGUUGUCCAGGCUAAAGGAGGGCUUUCUGGAUUGUUUGAUGGAGCUGAAGUUGUUCUUGGUCCUGACUCAUCUGUGGAGCUUUUGGGACCAGUUCCACCUGAACAACAGUUUAUUAACCAAAAAAUGAGGCCUGGUUCUGGAAUGUUAUCCAUCAGAGUCAUCCCAGAUGGACCAACUAGAGCACUCCAGAUAACAGAUUUCUGCCAGCGGAAAAGUGACCAUUCAUCAUAUGAAGUAGAGGAACUUCCCAUUACUGAGCAAGAGCUGCAGAAACUAAGGAAUCCAGACACGGAGCAGGAACUGGAAGUGCUUGUGCGGUUGGAAGGUGGAAUUGGUGUCUCUUUAAUUAAUAAAGUCCCAGAAGAACUGGUCUUUGCAAGUCUAACGGGAAUCAGUGUCCACUACACCCAGCUGGCAACCAGUCACAUGCUUGAGCUCAGCAUCCAGGAUGUCCAGGUGGACAAUCAGCUCAUUGGCACCACUCAGCCCUUCAUGCUCUAUGUGACCCCCCUGAGCAACGAGAAUGAGGUCAUUGAGACGGGCCCUGCUGUGCAAGUCAACGCAGUGAAGUUCCCCAGUAAGAGCGUGCUGACCAACAUCUACAAGCAUCUGAUGGUCACGGCGCAGAGAUUCACAGUACAAAUUGAGGAGAAGCUGUUGCUCAAGCUGCUGAGUUUCUUUGGCUGUGACCAAGCAGAAUCAGAGGUGGAAAAAUAUGAUGAAAACCUCCAUGAAAAGACAGCAGAGCAGAGGGGAACGCCAAUUCGAUACUACUUUGAAAACCUCAAGAUCAGCAUUCCCCAGAUCAAGCUGAGUGUGUUUACCUCCAACAAGCUGCCAUUGGACCUUAAGGCCCUGAAAAGCACCCUGGGAUUCCCGCUGAUUCGGUUUGAAGAUGCUGUGAUCAAUCUGGACCCCUUCACUCGGGUGCAUCCCUAUGAGACCAAGGAGUUCAUCAUCAACGACAUCCUUAAGCAUUUCCAGGAGGAACUCCUCAGUCAGGCGGCUCGGAUCCUAGGAUCUGUAGAUUUUCUUGGCAACCCCAUGGGCCUUUUGAAUGAUGUUUCUGAAGGGGUCACUGGACUGAUAAAGUACGGCAAUGUUGGGGGUCUCAUCAGAAAUGUUACUCACGGAGUAUCAAAUUCUGCUGCCAAGUUUGCUGGGACAUUAUCAGAUGGCUUGGGGAAGACGAUGGACAACCGGCACCAGUCAGAGCGGGAGUACAUCAGGUAUCAUGCAGCCACGAGCGGAGAGCACCUUGUGGCCGGCAUCCACGGCCUGGCUCAUGGUAUCAUUGGUGGAUUGACCAGUGUUAUAACCUCAACAGUAGAAGGUGUGAAGACAGAAGGGGGUGUCAGCGGCUUCAUAUCUGGCCUUGGCAAAGGACUUGUUGGUACUGUGACCAAGCCAGUGGCAGGUGCACUGGAUUUUGCAUCCGAAACAGCCCAGGCGGUGAGAGACACAGCUACACUCAGUGGUCCCAGGACCCAAGCCCAGAGGGUUCGGAAGCCACGUUGCUGCACAGGACCCCAGGGCCUGCUUCCCCGCUAUUCUGAGAGCCAGGCAGAAGGACAGGAACAGCUCUUCAAACUAACAGACAACAUCCAAGAUGAGUUCUUCAUUGCCGUGGAGAACAUCGACAGCUACUGUGUGCUCAUCUCCUCCAAAGCUGUGUACUUCCUGAAGAGUGGGGACUAUGUAGACCGAGAGGCCAUUUUCCUUGAGGUCAAAUAUGAUGAUCUCUACCACUGUCUUGUUUCCAAAGACCACGGGAAGGUCUAUGUGCAGGUGACCAAGAGGGCUGCCAACUCCAGCAGUGGCGUGUCCAUCCCAGGCCCGUCCCACCAGAAGCCAAUGGUCCAUGUGAAAUCUGAGGUCCUUGCUGUCAAGUUAUCACAAGAAAUAAACUAUGCAAAGAGCCUUUACUAUGAACAGCAACUUAUGUUGAGACUCAGUGAAAACCAAGAGCAGCUGGAGCUGGACUCCUGAGAACAGCCAGCCGCUGGAGAGAGAUGCUUCCAGACAGAAGCCCAACGCAGAGGACAGAUACCCAGACUCGGCUUGUGUUAGAAGGGAAGCCAGAAGAGGGUUUGGGGGAAGAUAGUAAGAAAUGAGGGAAAGGAAAUCCUCACAGGGAAAAAUGUAAACGGAAACGUUGACUUGUGGGGCUGGAGUUAGUUUAGAUUGUGGGGAGAUAAUUUUUUAAAGUAUUGAUUGAAUAACGUAACACAUGUAUUGAGAUGGAUCUAAUCUUUAGAUUGUCCUGUAUUUUGUUAACAUGUAUAUAUGUACAACUGUGUGUUUGUAAAUAUAUAGAUGCUUCUGAG